AUGGCCGCCACUGCUCUCGACGCCGCCGUCACCGUCGUCGACGACUCGUCGCCCGGGCCUUUCGAGGGCCCGGAGAAGCUCCUCGAGAUCUGGUUCGCCCCGUCGGAGGAGGACGUCGUCGCGCGCAACCUCCCGCUCAAGGGCGGUCGCAAGGGCAAGGAGCGCUGGAACGGCCUGCGCCAGGUCGAGAAGAGCGUGUGGGACAGCAUGCUCGACGAGGUGUGCUGCAAGGUGCUCAGCGUCAUCGAGGGCGACGAGGUCGACGCCUACCUCCUCAGCGAGUCGUCCAUGUUCGUGUGGCCGCACAAGCUCAUCCUCAAGACGUGCGGCACGACGACCCUCCUCCUCGGCAUCCCCACCCUCCUCCGCAUCGCAUCCGAGACGUGCGGCUUCAAGGGCGUGUGGCGGUGCUUCUACUCGCGCAAGACGUUCAUGUUCCCCGAGCGGCAGCGCGGCCCGCACAAGGACUGGACCGCCGAGAUGAGCUUCCUCGACAAGCUGUUCGAGAACAGCUCGGCCUACACGGUCGGCCGCAUGAACGGCGACCACUGGCUCCUGUACAUCACGCCGCCGUCGGACGACGUCCUCCUCCCGCACGCCCUCGAGUCGUCGCGCGCGCUCCCUCCCGCCAAGCACGACACGCAGCUCUCGACCCUCUCGGCGUCGCUCGACACGACCCCGUCCGCCUUCCCGCCGCGGCGACACGUCGCGCCUCGCCUCGUCCCCUCGCGUCCCGACCAGACGCUCGAGAUCCUCAUGACCCAGCUGUCGCCCGCUGCGUGCCGCAAGUUCUACCACCCGUCGUCCGACACGGCGCCGUACACGUCGUACCCGGCCGAGCCCGUCGUGGCCGACGGCGGCGACGCGCACGCGCUCGGCGCCAAGCUGUCGGACGACCUCGGCCUGUCGGCCAUCCUCGACGGCGCGACGAUCGACUCGUUCCUGUUUGCGCCGUGCGGCUUCUCGCAGAACGCCGUGCGCGGCGACCGGUACGCGACCGUGCACGUCACGCCCGAGGAGGCCUACUCGUACGCCUCGUUCGAGUGCAACUUUGACUUUGCCGGGCUCGGCGCCGACGCCGACCGCGGCCUCGAGACGCGCGAGGCCGUCAAGCGCACGAGCGAGUCGCUCCAGGACCUCGUCGAGAAGGUGCUCCACAUCUUUGAGCCGGCCAAGAUGUGCAUCACGCUCUUUGUCAGCGACGAGGACGAGGACGACGCCGGGAUCGAGAAGAACGCGCGCGCGCACGAGGGCAUGCGCCAGCUCCUCAACCCGCACCUCGAGGCGCGGUACGAGCGCGUCGACCGCAUCCUCUACUCGUUCGACGGCUACAGCCUCAUCUUUGCGGCGUUCCAGAAGAAGGACUCGUCUUCCUGACGGCGCGGACCGCUCCCCUUUUAGUACGCAUAUCCUGCCACCUAGACGCAUCCCCUGCCUGUACUGUAUCUAUUCCACACC